UAGAGGAGGCAGCCGAAGAGACUCAGAAUUUCCUGUCACAGUGAUACACUGUGUGAGUAGCCUAAGCACUGAAUGAGACAUUUCCCAAAUGCCACAGGUUUUAAAAUGAGGGAAUCUUGGCACUUUUGAUAUAACAAGAAGAAGAAGAACAACAACACGCUGUAAUCCAGAGCUGUUGGAGAGGCUCUUGUUAAAAUUCCUCUCGCCCAGUCCCGGGGAGGCAGCACCUGCCUGGGGGACCGGCGUAAUUCAGUUGUCGCUAUUGGAGAAUUCGCCGAAUCCAAGGAACGCGCAGAUUUUAGAAGUGACUCUUCCUCGCGUCAUGGAGUGCACAGACAGUUGCUGAGUCUGAGUACGGUUACUUUCAUUUAAAAGGAAGAAGGGGGGAAAUCAACGUUUUGUCUACUCAGCAAAGAAGGAACUUAUUAGUGAUAGUGGAAUAUAGACUAUCACUAUCUUGACUGAACGACUGGCUUUGUUGGGCUGCACUUUGGAGUUUAUUGGAGAGAUUCUCGGAGCCGUCAGAAUGACCCCCAUCGGCUGCGCCAAACGGUCAUUCGUUCUUCUUCCCUGUUUAAUAUCCCUUAUUGGGCUGGUGGAGGGGGUGCGGGAGCUGCAUCUGAUGUCAGGAAACCAUCAGCAUGUACAUCAUGUGGGAGACUCCCUCACACUCGUCUGCAGGGGUUCACGGAGGCUGAACUGGACCCUCCCCGGCAGAGACCUGCUCUCUGAGGGAGUCCGUGUGGAAGACUGCUCCCAGAGGAAGCAGCACUGCAAGAGGCUGCUCCUGCACAACCUCACAUACAAUGACACUGGCUAUUAUGAAUGCAGCUCACCCAGACACGCAAAAUCCAUUUAUGUGUUUGUCGAAGAUCACGCUCAACCUUUCAUGGAACCCUUCAUAAACAGUCCACAGGUGCUGUUCUCCUACAGACAUGACAAGUCUGUCCUAAUACCCUGCAGAACAACAUCACCUGACUUUAAUGUCACCCUGGAGACUGCCCCACCUAUCUCAGAAGAUCUCAAAACAAAGGUGAAAUGGGAUCCUAAGGAAGGUUUUACUCUUCCGUACAAAACCAUGUGGGACUCCUAUUUUAUGCUGACAUGCUCAACCACUGUCAGUGGCAGGACAUACACGUCCAAGUACAUUAUUCAAAGAUUAACUAAAGUACUGAAGAAUGUGAAGAUCAUCCGCCCACAUCGUGAUGAACCUGUGGAGCGUCUAGUCGGGGAGAAACUAGUCCUUAAUUGCUCAGGAGAGACCAAGUCGUCUGGCAGAAUCAUAUUUAAAUGGCAACACCCCAAUGGUACUCUUAUGUCUGGCAAAAACUUCGGACCCGAAGGCUAUGAAAUCAAUCGCAUAAUGACUAGUGUACUCACUUUACCCAGCAUAACAAUGCAGGACACGGGGAAUUACACGUGCAUCGCCGAGGUUGAGAACCAAAAGAACAGCACGGCAGAGGUCAUCGUCUACAAGCAUCCAUUUUUGAAACUGGAACACCAAGGUCCUCAAACCAAUACAGUUCAGGAAUUUAACAAAGUGAUGUUUGAACCUUUUGUCCAUACUUAUCCAAAACCCAAAGAAGUUGAAGUGAUUUGGUAUAAGAAUAAUGUGCGCAUCCCGAAGAAUGCCACAUGCUAUCAUAUGUCGCGCCGCAAGCUCAUCAUCAAAGAAGUGAAGUGGGAACAUACGGGGCUCUACACCGUGGAGGUGAAGAACGCAGCCAGCGGCCUGACCCGCAGUCUCAACUACAGCCUGGUGGUGGAGGUGAAGCCGGUGAUUCUUGAGGAGGGCGUGAUGACCAAGGAGCCGCGCUCCAUCACCCAAGGCCAGCCUCAGCACCUCACCUGCACUGCAUUUGGCUACCCCAUGCCAGAGGUCACCUGGUUCUGGCAGCCCUGCGACCCCAAUCCAGACUUUCAAGAGUGCAGACUGCUGAGUGAACCCUUAGCAGUGCGGGUUCAAAUGGAAGAGGACUACCCACACAACUGGGUUGAGAUGAUCGACAGCAAGUCCGCAGAGUUGAAGGGUGUAAACAAGACCAUUAGCACCCUGGUGGUGGCAGCAGCCAAUGUGUCAGGCGUUUAUUCCUGUGAAGCCAUCAACAAAGUUGGCAAACACAAAAUGGACACAAUUUUCUACGUCAAUGAUGGUUCAGAGUCGUUAGAAAUAUCUCCCGACACAGCCAUUGAGGGGUCUGACGUCACACUGACUUGUCGGGCUACACGAUACCUCUACAGUAACGCGCACUGGUAUGAUGCAUUCAACCGAACCAUCCUGGGAAUAGAAGAACAAAACAGGCUGUACACCUCUGUGUCCAUCAUGGUGCAGAAUGUGUCCAGAAACUUCACAGAGGAGUACCACUGCAGGGCCCUCAACCUCUUCACAGGGAAAGAGAUCCAGAAAUCUGCUGCACUUGUUAUCAAUGAGAGGAAGAUCCCAUCCCUGAGACAGAACCUGACCGAACAGGAUGUGAACAGCAGCAGCACUCUGAUGCUGACCUGCCUCGCCCAGGGCGUUCCACAGCCCAACAUCACAUGGUACAGAAAUGACCUUCCGGUGGUUGAAGGACAAGGGGUCAGCCUGAUGGCUGAGGGGGUCUUAGUCAUCCAGCGGGUGAAGAAGGAGGAUGAGGGCAUGUAUGAGUGCCGCGCCACCAAUGAUAUGGGAGUGGUGGCGUCCAGUGCCUUCGUCCGGGUUGUUGGAGAUGAGGGCAAAGCCAACAUUGAAGUCAUAGUGCUGGUGUGCACCGGCGCAGCAGCCACCUUCCUCUGGAUCAUGCUGAUCCUCUUCAUCCGCAAACUCAGAAAGCCCAGCCCUGCGGACAUCAAAGCUGGUUACCUGUCCAUCAUCAUGGACCCUGACCACAUGCCUCUGGACGAGCAGUGUGACCGCCUCCCAUACGAUAGCAACAAGUGGGAGUUUCCCCGAGACCGCCUCCGACUUGGUAAAACUCUGGGGCACGGGGCCUUCGGGAAGGUGGUGGAGGCCUCUGCCUUUGGGAUUGAUAAGCUGUCGACAUGCAAGACGGUAGCGGUAAAAAUGCUCAAAGGCGGAGCCACGAAUAAUGAGUGGAAAGCGCUCAUGUCUGAGCUGAAAAUACUGAUUCACAUCGGCCAUCACCUCAACGUGGUCAACCUACUGGGAGCCUGCACCAAGCCUGGAGGGCCCCUAAUGAUUAUUGUGGAGUUCUGCAAGUAUGGCAAUCUGUCCAACUACCUAAGGAGCAAGCGGGCUGACUUUGUGGUUUAUAAGAGUCAGGAUGGCAAGGCUCUGCCCUCGGGCUCCGGCUGUGACCUGAGCGAGCUCAUCAAGCGCCGUCUGGAGAGCGUGGCCAGCACCGGAAGCUCCGCCAGCUCCGGCUUCAUCGAAGAUAAGAGCUACUGCGAUUCGGAGGAAGAGGAGGAAGAAUCUGAGGACUUGUAUAAGCGGGUUCUGACCAUGGAGGACUUGAUUUGUUACAGCUUCCAAGUGGCGAAAGGCAUGGAGUUCUUGGCAUCGCGAAAAUGCAUCCAUCGUGACUUGGCUGCCAGAAACAUUUUGUUGUCUGAAAACAAUGUGGUGAAGAUAUGUGAUUUUGGCCUUGCAAGAGACGUCUAUAAAGACCCUGAUUACGUGCGCAAAGGAGAUGCCAGACUUCCCCUGAAGUGGAUGGCACCAGAGGCCAUUUUUGACAAGAUCUACACUACGCAGAGUGAUGUGUGGUCAUUCGGCGUUCUCAUGUGGGAGAUCUUCUCGCUGGGUGCGUCCCCAUAUCCUGGCGUACAAAUUGAUGAAGAGUUCUGCUGCCGACUGAAGGAGGGCACCAGGAUGAAGGCACCUGAAUACUCCUCCUCAGAGAUAUACCAGACCAUGCUGGACUGCUGGCAGGGGAACCCUGUGGAAAGACCCACAUUCACAGAGCUGGUGGAGACACUCGGGGACCUUCUGCAGGCCAGUGUGCAACAGGAAGGGAAGCAUUACAUCCCCAUCAACACGGCCCUGCUGACCAAAGAGGCCAAGCCCUCCAGCCCUGCACCGACAGAGGAGUCCUCCAGCCGGCCACUCUCCCAGAGGGACUCGGGCACAUGGAACAUUAAGAUCCGACCCGCUAGCGUGAAGACCUUCGAUGAGGUAACCAUGGAGAAUGGGACAAAUGAUAUCCAUGAGGGGGGACAGUCAGAUAGUGGAAUGGGCCUGUCCUCAGAUAGUAUGAAGACACUGAAGCGCUUGGAGUCCCUGGCCAGGCCCUUGAGCAUCAUGGCUCUGGCAAUGAAAACUGUGAGCAAGAGUAAGGAGUCCGUCCUAACCGAAGGGGACAGGGAGAUGUACCAGGCACCCGUCCCCUCGCUGGACUUCAGCCUGGAGGACUCGUCCCUGGACCCUGAGCUGGAGCGCCACAGCCCCCCUCCAGACUAUAACUCCGUGGUCCGCUACUCAACCCCGCCUGUCUAGAGAUGCCUUGUGCUGAGAGACCCAAAGAGCCACCAGUCCUCUCUGCUCCUCACCUGGGCAAACUGAUCGCCUCUGCUCCUCUCCUCUCCUCUCCUCUCCCCCUCCUGAACUGAAGCGUGCGCCUCCAACUCCUCAGGAGUUGUCACAUACAGCCACUCCAAUUUCUGUUUUUGCUCUAGUUUUCAAAGACUUUUUGGUGCCUUAGUUGCGGUCGAUUCUUUGGACGCUCGUUCCUUUCUCUGUUCUGUUUUCAAAUGAGCACUUUCCAGGAGUAGAUUUUUGUUUGUCGAGGUAAGUACAGUGGUCAGAGGAAGGGGAUGUCCAUUUUUCAUUAGCCUCGCCAAGCGCUGCUCACACUGUGCCCACACCACUGUGCUAUCCACAGAAACAGCUAAAGACAGCCUCAGGUAUUCCUUUUAUCUACUGUGAACACAAAAAGAAGCACAACACAUUCUUGUUAUAGCAGCAGAUCUAAUGACAUUCCACUAAAGGCACUGGUGGCUAUCCAGAAAUGAAGCAAGCCAACUUUCCUUAAUGAAAAAUGAAGCGCGAUAAGACAGCGGGGAGGGUAGAUUUUUGAAUGGUUUUGACAUAUUAAUUAUUUCAAUUCUGUACAAAUAUUUUAUGAAACUGGAAUGUUAUUUGAUAUUUUAUUUUAAUAGUAUGUAAUUAUUUUGAAAAUAGCCCUAAAAUAUUUUAUAAUAUUUUUUGAACAAAUGUUUUAUAUCUAAGCUUAUUCUUGGCCUCUCUAAAACAUGUAUUUUUUAAAAGCAACUGUCAGACUAGCAACACAGGGGUCCUUGAAUUAUUGAAAAUGCCGUCUGGAAAUAUAUCUCACUGGAUUGGCCAGAGUUAAAUAAUCCACAUUAAAUCCACACAAAAGAUGUCUCAGCCAGGUAAAUUUGAGGAAGCCCAGAGUUUUUAUUGCACCCUCUACACAAUCACUAUACACAAACACUUAUUUAUUUCAUAUAGUCAUAUCAGAUUUUAUUCCACAUGGACUUAUCUCUGUAGUAUGUUAAAGGAAGUAUGAAUGUGGGUGUGUCUGGAGGGUUUGGGUUGUUUUGUUGUCAGUGUUAUUAGUCAUCACCAUAUGAGUUAUAUGUCAUCAGAUUAUUAUAUGCAUUUGGUUAAAUCAUCUGCAGCAGUAAGUCAGAGCAGUCAAACCAAAGGUAAUGCCUUACUCCCUCUGAUGCAAGGCAUCAUGCUGUUAACACUACUGUAUACAAGAUCAUUGCCUGAGUAUUGCUGUUGCUAACCACAUUGUUUGUAGUGAAGGUAUAUUUUUUUCCUGCUAAAAUAAAAGGAGAGCUUGCAGGGCAGGCUACAAGUGAGCUUAUAACCUUUUCAACAGGCUGGUCACUUUGGUAUAUACUGCUCAUGGGAAGUUAAGUUAAACGCUUGUGCAAAUUUAUAGUUUUUGCUCUGUAUUAAAAGUGGAAGUUAUUAGAAAGAUUAUCAGUAGUGAAUGAGGACAGUCUUGUAAAAGUCUUAGAUUAAGUUGAUCAUUAGAGAAGGUCCUAUGUUUCUUAACACUAACUUAGUGUGUAUGUGCCAGUAUUGCAGUCAGCAUUCAAUUUUACACCAAUUUCCAAACAACACGUACUGCCAAAUGAUGUCAGUAUUUGUUCUAGAUCGACCAGUCUGUGUGCGCUUUGAUGAAGUAAAAUGUAUGCACUGAUAUUUUUUAUCAAAUAUGGAUUUUUUUUUUGUAUUCAAAAUGUAUUUUAAUAUUAACCAAGCAUAUGACUUAAAUAAAUAAAUA